AUGUCGUCUACGCUUCCUACCGGGUUUUUGCAUCUGCCGAUCAGUUCGGUGUUGACCACAUGGAUCAUCAUUGUUCCGUUGGUUGUUUCUAUUUUGGAGUGGAAACCGAUGUUCAUUCUGAGCUACGACCCGUUUGUUAGCAAAUGGGCCCAAUAUUGGCGAUUCGUGUUAUUCCAGUUGCAAUUCCAGAACGAGUCGCAGGUGAUGCUCUGUGUGACGUUGAUAGUGUUCAGUUUCAAGAAUCUGGAACGUGUUUUCGGGUCGAUCAAGUAUCUGCGCAUUGUUUGUCUGCUGUUUCUCUACAACAUGGUAGCAAUCACCCUAUUAACAUGGAGCGCCUACACGUUGCUGGGAAUCAACAUCUUUGUGCCUGCCGGUCCAUUUGGCAUGGUGUUUGGUCUGCUAUAUGCUCAUUGGAAAUAUACACCGAUUUUAUACAAGUUUGAGCUGAAUUUCGGAGGCCUCAUCAAGAUCCGCUCGUCAAACGAGGACUUCAAGCUGGUGUUCACCAACGACUUCCUCACGUCGCUGCUUGCGUUCCAGCUGCUAAUAAGCGAGGGCCUCAUCAGCUCGGUCAUUGUCAGUGUUGUGGGGUAUUUCAUCGGGUCUCUGCUGUUCAACGGCCUUUUACCGGGUCUCAACGCCAGAAUCAGCCUGAUGGAACUCGUUUACAACAAGAUCACAGCCAAAAAAUCGCGCACAACCACCACAAGAGAACGAACCACGGUCGACGAAGACGAACAAGCGGACCAGAGCGACGAAAGAGAAGAUACCCCGGCCCGAACGCUCAGCGCACAGAUCCUGGACACGUUCAGGAGGUAG